UAGAAGUUGAAAGUCAUUAACCGUCAGUCAAUCGGAGUUUGUUGAGGCGUAAAGGUGGUCGGUUGAAUUGUUCAGUAAGCCACUCUAGGCUGGCUGGAGAAGUUAUGUGAUAGAAGAAGGCACCGGGCCAACAAUAAGUAGAAUUCAGGUUCAGUGUUUGAAACCCUGUGAAGUAAUCAAGCGUGUUAAAAAUAUCCGAUGAGCUGAAGGUGUAAGAAUUUUGUCUUGGACUGUAAAAGAUUGGCAGGGAGAUACGAAAAAUACUUACGAUGAGGCUCUAUUUCCUAUCACUGGUGGUGUGCCUCUGCCAUCGGGCCGCCUCCCUUCCUCAAGUGGUGGUCACGAACGAUGUCCUCAAUGAGGAACAGAUGAAGCAGAUCCUUCAGCAGUAUGACACCGAAGUGCGCAGCUAUUGCAAUCGGCAAGUGCAAGCCAACUGGAAUGUUGCAACCAAUACCGAGAACACUACCUUCCAAGAGGAACAGAAUAAAAUUUCACUGGAGUAUGCAAAAUUCCGGACGGAUUUCUACGAGCAAUAUUUCAAGGACGCUCAAGUGCAAAAUUAUGAGGAUCCUAAGGUGCGUAAACAGCUAACGCUGCUGAAGGACCUAGGAACUGCUGCACUUCCAACCAGUGACCUAGAAGAAUACAAUAAAGUUAUGCGACGGAUGGACGCUGCGUACCAACUGGCAGAAGUUUGUCCCUACACUGAUCAGAACUGUGCCCCAGAUGCGGAGAAGUGGACACUGGAUCCGGAAAUGGAGCACGUUAUGGCCUCAUCAAACGAUUACGAUGAGUUGACAUAUACCUGGAGGCGGUGGCGUGAAGAGUCCGGAAAAAAGAUGCGUCAAGAUUACAAAUUGUAUGUAGACUACGUGAACCAGGCAGCUAAACUGAACGGAUAUGCGGACUACGGUGAAAUGUGGAGGGCUCGGUAUGACGACUCGGAUUUGAGAGGCACACUAGAGCGACUAUGGAAAGAAGUGGAACCACUGUAUAAUGAGCUUCAUACUUACGUGAGGUUUAAACUGCUGGACAUGUAUGGUGACAAAAUGGAUCGAAACAAUGAGAAAAUUCCAGCUCACAUUCUGGGCAACAUGUGGGCACAGUCAUGGGUUAACCUUUAUGAUCGUAUCAAACCAUUCCCGGACGCUAGCUUGGUAGACGUUACAGCCAAAAUGCAAGAACUGGGUUUCAACGCUACUAAAAUGUUCGAGAUGUCGGACGAGUUUUACCAAAGUCUUGGUCUUCCAAGCAGUGCCAUGAGUUACGGUCCGAAAGCCGUAAUCGAGAAACAACCGCAGAAAAUGGUUUGCCAUGCUUCUGCAUGGGACUUUUGCGACGGCGAAGACUUCCGCGUUAAGAUGUGCACCAAUAUCAAUAUGGAGGAUUUCAUUACCGUCCAUCAUGAAAUGGGACAUAUCAUGUAUUUUAUUCUGUACAAAGAUCAACCACAGCUGUUCAAGACCGGAGCAACUCCAGCGUUCCACGAAGCCGUUGGAGAUACGAUUGCUCUCUCCGUAGCUACUCCGAAGCAUUUGAAGUUGGUUGGACUGCUAGAUGAGUACGCUGACAGUGAAGCGGAUAACAUUAAUGCGCUGUUUGAAAUGGCCUUGGAGCGAGUUGCCUUUCUACCGUUCGGUUAUUUGAUCGAUCAGUGGCGUUGGGAUGUAUUCAGCGGAGCGGUCAAUGAGAGUGAAUGGAACUCUCACUGGUGGAAUCUGAGAGAGAAGUAUCAGAAGGUUUACGCUCCUGUAUCGCGAUCGGAAAGUGACUUUGAUCCUGGUGCAAAGUACCACAUACCAGCCAACUCGCAGUACAUAGCGUACUUCUUGGCCCAUAUCCUGGAGUUCCAGUUCUAUCGAUCCCUUUGCAUUGAAGCUGGAGAAUACAACCCAUCAAGCAGUUCGGCGAAUCCAUUACAUAAAUGCGAUUUCUACAACAGCAAGGCUGCAGGCAAUAAACUGAAGGAAGGUUUAUCAUUAGGUUACAGCGAAGAUUGGAGGUUUGCUCUGGAGAAACUGACCGGAGGUCAAGAUAUUAGCGGUCAUGCUUUGCUGGAAUAUUUCGCGCCAUUGUACGAGUUUUUGAAGGAGGAAAACGCCAAGAUGCGGAAUGCUGAAAUGCAGUCCGUGGUCGACAACUACAGCAAGGAGUAUGAGGUGGCAUGCAACAAACAAGUCAAGGCUCAAUAUGCCACGCAGGUGGACGUAGGAAAUAUUACAUUGCUGCAGGAGUUGACAGAAAUCUUGAACGAGAAUACCAAGUUCGUACUUGAUAACUACAAUCAACACUUUGCUCAAGUGAAUGCAGAGGACUACACCGAUCCAGACCUCCGUCGGCAGCUGCAGUAUUUAACGCAAAUAUCUAUCAACCACUUACCCGAGCAGGAAUUCACAGCG